AUGGCACCCCGGAAGUCCUUGUUAGGACCGACGCUGAAGGCGUUGACCGUUAAAUACCAAGAGUUACAAGCAGCGCUCAAUGACAUCUUCAAAUUUGCUGAUAAAUUUAAGGCGGAAACAACCGCUUCCCAGGUGAGUGUGCGUUUGGAAAGUCUCAACAAGCUGUGGGAAGUUUUGUGCACUACCUUGGUGGAAAUCAAAUCUCACAAAGACUACAACCCUGAGGAUGACCCUACCUACAAAAAGGACCGCGAAACUUUGACUGAAGGCUAUUACCGAGUAAAAUCCCUUCUACUGGACAAACUGAAAGAACGACAGGAAGUUCCUUGUAAACCGACCCACAACGACACGAUUGUUGGGGGGACUGAUCACGCCCUUUUGCCUCAGAUCAAGCUUCCUAUGUUCAAGGGGAACAUCGACGAGUGGCUGAGUUUUCGUGACUUGUUCCUCUCACUCAUCCACUGGAAGUCUGACCUACCGGAUGUGGAAAAGUUCCACUACCUAAAGAAUUGUCUUGACGACAAUCCCAAGAGGAUCAUUAGUGGACUUUCAACCACGUCGGUCAACUACAAGCUGGCAAGGGAUCGUUUGCAGAGGUACUACAACAACCACAAGGUACUUAAGCAGCGACUGGUGCAAUCGUUGUUUACCCUUCCAACCCUCGCCGAGGAAUCUGCCACCGAUCUGCAUUCCCUCGUUGACGAGUUCGAGCGUGUUCUGAACACCCUCGAUCAGGUGGUCUCACCCGUUGACUACAAGGAUCUUCUGCUGGUGAAUUUACUCGUUACGCGUCUGGAUCCUGUUACGCGUCGCGCAUGGGAGGAAGUAUCUACGGCGAAAGAUUUGGUUAGAGAUUCGCUAGACUCAACUGCAACUUCCUCAAGGGAGGAAUCUGCUAACGACACGACGAAGGACACGUUGAAGGACUUGUGCGAUUUCCUAAACCGACGCAUUCGAGUUCUGGAUAGUUUGCCACCGAAAACUGUGAACAGUCGGGCUGUUCAACACCAACAACAACAGUACGUUCCCAAAUCCAAGGCAAAAAAGGUUAGCUACAGUACGGUGCAACAUGCUGGCUACUCGUGCGUGGCUUGUAAGGACAACCACUUACUCUACCAGUGUUCUGCAUUCCAACGGUUGGCGGUGUCGGAGAGGGACGCAUUACUCAAGACGCAUUCCCUCUGUCGCAACUGCUUCAGAACUGGUCACCAAGCCAAAAACUGCACGUCCAAGUACAGUUGCAGGAACUGCAAGGGUCGACAUCAUACUUUGGUAUGUUUUCAACAACAACCGGAAAGGGACAACGCGGUGACGGCACUCGCGGUUGCAGGGAGCAAUAACCCUUCCAACUCCAAGGAAACCCAAGGUCCGACAACAUCCCACGUGGCAAACAUGGCAGCCACGAACCCAUCCAUGUCAGGCGCAGCAACACAAGCUGCAUCCCAAGUGCUGUUGGCUACAGCAGUGGUCAUUGUCGAGGACGACGAUGGCAAUCGGUACCCUGCUUGCGCACUCCUCGACUCGGGGUCGGAGAGUAACUUCAUAUCAGAGCGACUGGCGCAGCUGAUGAAGGUCACGCGAGAAAAGGUGGACAUUUCCGUGCUAGGAAUCGGUCAAUCUGGCACGAAGGUUAAGCACAAGAUUCACGCAACGGUGCGGUCUCGGUUAUCCAACUUCGAGCGAGACAUGAACUUCUUGGUGCUCUCCAAGGUUACGGUCAAUCUGCCAACAACAACAAUCGCAACAAAUGGAUGGUCGAUUCCGGACGGAAUUGAAUUGGCAGAUCCAGCAUUCUUCCAGUCCAAGAAGUGCGUCCUUGGCAUUGAAUGCUUUUUCGAGUUCUUUGAAACCGGUCGAAGAAUUCCCCUGGGAGACAAUCUACCAGCGCUGAACGAGUCGGUGUUCUCCUGGGUGGUAUCCGGUGGUCUCUCGGUUCCAUGCAACUCCAAGCAGGUGAAGUGCAACGUGUCAACCUCAGAGGAGAUGGAAACUCUGAUGGCACGGUUCUGGUCGACUGAAGACGUCGGUUUGGACGACGCGUUCUCUCCCGCUGAAAGUCGCUGCGAAGAGAGCUUCCAACACACGGUACAACGGUUAUCCGACGGUCGGUAUUCCGUUUCCAUGCCCAAGGUCGAAGGUGGAAUCUCCAGAUUGGGCGAAUCCAAUGAAAUUGCGUUGCGACGGUUGCACGCAACCGAGCGCAGACUGGCAAGGGACGCCAAUUUGCGGAAACAGUAUACAGAUUUCAUGGACGAAUACCUGGAACUGGGUCACAUGUCCAAGCACCGUCCAAGCCCGAUCUUCGUGCACAACUCCCUGAAGGAAGUCGCCGGAAGGCCCUUGAUCAUCAUGUCGGCCUGCUGUGCCGAAGAACGCACGAACUUUAGCUCCAACACUCCCUCGUUGAUCAAAUCUCGCAAGAAAUGA